AUGGAGAAAAUGUUUUAUUGCAUUUUUGCAUAUGCAUUCCUAAUUACCAUAACCUUCCAAAUGCUUUCUUCUGAAUCCAAACAACCUUUGAGCCUUGCAACUGAUCAAACUUCCCUUCUUUCACUCAAACAACACAUCACCUCCGAUCCUUCUCUUUUACUUUCAACUAAUUGGACCAACUCGACCUCCGUCUGCAGCUGGAUUGGCGUCACUUGCAGCUUGCGCCACCACAGAGUAGCUGCCUUGAAUCUCUCCAACAUGGCUCUCUCCGGCACCAUUCCACCACAGCUCGGACACCUCUCCUUCCUCGUCUCCCUCGACCUCACCAACAACCUUUUCCAUGGAGAUUUGCCUCAUGAGCUGUCUCUCCUUCGCCGUUUGAAGUUCAUAUCUCUCCGAAUCAACAACUUCGCCGGAGAAUUCCCUCCGAUGUUUGGUCAGUUACCAAAACUAGAAUACUUGAAUUUACGCAACAACAGCUUCAUAGGUUCCAUCCCAAAAUCUCUCUCAAACCUAACAAACCUACAAUUUCUAAGCUUAUCUUCCAAUUCUCUAAGUGGAGAAAUUCCAAAAGAGUUGGGAAGACUUCAAAGCCUACAAACUCUGUCCGUUCAAUCCAAUCAUUUAUCAGGUGCUAUACCAUCAGCCAUAUUCAACAUAUCGACCCUUGUAGCUAUAGGUUUUACAUACAAUGAAUUGAGUGGAAGUCUUCCAACAGACAUGUGCAGUAAUCUUCCAUUUCUUACUGGGAUUUAUCUUUCUAAAAAUCAGCUGAGUGGUGCGAUUCCCACAAAUAUAUCCCAAUGUUCAGGACUUGAGGUUUUGAGCCUCUCUUACAACUCUUUUAGUGGGCAGAUACCUUCAGAAAUCGGCUACUUAACAUCUCUUGAGAAGUUAUAUCUCGGUGGUAACAAUUUGAACGGAAUACUACCACAUGAGAUUGGCAAUCUUCAGAGCUUGGUUACGUUUGCUGCUGAGAAUAAUGAGAUUGGGGGCUCAAUUGAUUUCAGUAUUUUCAUGAAUAUGUCUUCUCUGCAAAACAUAUAUCUAGGACGCAACAAAUUCACGGGGAACCUUUCAAGGGAUGUUGGGAAUAUUACCAUGCUAACAAUUUUGGAUCUCUCGGAAAACCAUUUUAUCACAGGGCUUAUUCCCUCUGAAUUUGGCCAACUUUACCAUUUGGAGAGAUUAUUACUGCAGUUGAACAGCUUGAGUGGUUCGAUUCCACAUGAGCUCUUCAACAUUUCAACUCUUGAGAUUCUCGCACUUGUUGGCAAUGCUGUGUCAGGGGUUCUUCCAACCCAUGUAUGCCAUGGUUGUCCCUUUCUUGAAAGAUUGCAUCUUGGGGGAAAUUACAUGAGUGGAGCAAUACCCAACUCUAUCUCUAAUUGUUCUCAACUCACAAUUCUCUCACUUUCCCAAAACAAAUUCAGUGGUUAUAUACCUACUCAUCUCGGCAACCUAAGACUUCUUCAACGUCUUCGACUAUCUAGUAACAAUCUUACCCUGGCACCGACUUCUUCCUUCAUUACUUCAUUGACAAAUUGCAGGUUUCUAACUCAUUUGUCAAUUUCUGAUAAUCCUCUAUACGGCAUCAUUCCGGCUUCUCUCGGAAAUUUAUCUUCCUCGCUUCGAGAAUUCUAUGCCGGCAGCUGCAAAUUCAGUGGCAGCAUUCCUGUUGAAAUAGGCAAUCUAAGCAAUUUGAUGGUAUUGAACGUAUCUCACAAUGAGUUAUCCGGUAGUAUUCCACUUACUGUCAAACAUUUGCAUGGGCUUCAAGGAUUAUAUCUAUCUGAUAACAUGUUGGGAGGCUCCAUUCCACAUGCUGUAUGUGAUUUAUUUAGCCUAAAUACAUUUGUUAUUAGCCGGAAUCAAUUUUCAGGUCCAAUUCCUAAAUGCUUGGGAAAUGUCUCUUCUUUGAGAGAUCUCUUUCUAGACUCCAACAUGUUGAAUUCAAGCAUAUCUUCAAGCUUAUGGGGUCUUAAAGAUUUGAAUACUCUAGACUUGUCCUCAAAUUCAUUGAAUGGGUUUUUACCUCAAGAGAUGAGUAACUUAGGAGCAGCAAUAUAUAUAAACCUAUCGAUGAAUCAGUUGUCAGGGUCAAUUCCGAGUACUAUCGGAAAGUUGCAAAAUUUGAUUUAUCUGUCUUUGGCAAGUAAUAGAUUACAAGGUUAUAUUCCUGUGUCUGUAGGAAGCAUGAACAAUUUGGGAACUCUUGACUUGUCCUACAACAAACUCUCAAGUUCAAUUCCGAAGUCUUUAGAAGCACUGCAGCACCUCGAGGUAAUGAGGCAUUAUGUGGAAUCCCAAAGUUCCAUGUCCAAAUUUGCCCGACAGCACAUAGCAAAGAGAAAGAAGGUGGAACGAGCUUCAUUUAUUGUUUUCGGGGUUGUUGCUUUCAUCUCAGUUGUUUCUUUGGCCUUUAUAAUUGUCAAAAACAAAAGGAAAGAUAAGACGACUAGAGAAGUUGAUGAGUUGAUAUUCAUUGUGACAGAACGAAUCUCUUAUUAUGAACUGCUACAAGCAACUGCUCAAUUCAGCGAAAGCAAUUUACUUGGCACUGGGAGUUCUUGCUCUGUUUAUAAAGGAAUUCUUAACAAUGGGAAGGAAAUCGCUGUCAAGGUGUUUAAUACGCAAUUUGAAGGAAUUUUGAGAAGAUUUGAUGUUGAAUGCGAGAUACUACGAAGCAUUCGACACAGGAAUCUGACCAGUGUCAUAAGUAGUUGCUCUAAUGAAGAGUUCAAGGCAUUAGUACUUGAAUAUAUGCCAAAGGGAAACCUUGACAAAUGGUUAUAUUCCUAUAACUAUUGCUUGAAUGUGAUUCAAAGAUUGAAUAUAAUGAUUGAUGUUGCAUCUGCUUUAGAGUAUCUUCACCAUGGUUAUUCAAUGCCCAUUGUCCACAGCGACUUGAAGCCUAGCAAUGUGCUGUUAGAUGAAGACAUGGUAGCCCAUGUAAGCGAUUUUGGGAUAGCAAAGUUGUUACGCUGUGGAGAUAGCUUUGUGUUAACCACCACGGUAGCAACAUUGGGUUACAUCGCUCCGGGUAAAGUUAAUUACUUUACUUAUAUUGAUUUAUAUAUUGAUUGCAUUUCACUUUGAAUCAAUGAAAUUGUGUCUUCCUUACUACAUAUUACACAUCAUGAUUUUUUGUGUUCC